CACUUUUAUUUAAGAAUUUAUGUUAUUUAACUUUUCAAUGCCUGGGAGAAAUUGCAUUUUCAAAAAAAAUGGGACUUCUUAAGGAUAAAGUAGCAUAAGUAGAAAUUAUACCUUAGCAUAAAGAGGUAACACUACUAAAAAUCUAACUGUUCUCCAUAUAGUAGCUUUAUAGCAAAUCUUAAAUUUAAAACUUAAAAAUUAAUAUAAAAUUCACUUAACGUACAACAACUUUGUAACUUGAAAAUGAACCAAUUUUACUAGAACUGCUGUAGGAUCUGGAGAUGACAUUUUUUUAAAGUUUUGAAAAUGCAUAUAAGUUGUAGCCCCAUAACACGUUUGAUUUAUAAACUCAAAACAACUUCCUUUAUAUAUAAGGUAAUUUUUGUUUAAAAUUUCCACAAAAUUAAACGGAAGCAAUGGACAUACAAAAGAUAACAAGAUAAAUGUUAAUUUAUCUUCAGUUAAAAUGUUAGCAUUUUUUUUUAGGUAUUUAUUAAUUUUUUAAUAGCUUAAGGAAUAUUAGACUGAGCAAGUUAUUUAAACAAUUGGAUGGGAAUAUUUUAACACUGAAAUUGGAAAUAUGAUUUUUUUUCAUUUCAGAUUUAGUUUUUGUAAUAAAUCAAUAAGCUUUGUAUUUUUUUUUAAUCUAAUUUUUUCCUAUUUUCCUUUUCACACUAUAGUACCAUCUGACUUUGCAAUACAAAAAAGUGUAGUGGAAAUUUCAAUGAAAAUUUGUUGAUCUUGCAACUCAGAAUUGACCAAUUUGUACCACCUUUGAACCUUUGAUUCUGUCGUUGGUGAAUUGCUUUAAUGUAAAAAUAAUUUUGUUUUUGUUCUGUUGACCUAUGCGUAGCCACUCGGGGAUGGGGCAUUUUUUUUUCGGGGAGGCUUCGUUGGUCACGUGGGUUAACGAAGUUUGUCCGGGCGCUCCCGGUAAUGGGAGGAGUCACGGUCGAGCAGACGUGGCAACACAUGACGUCAUCACAGUGGGUCGGUGGUUUAUUCAUGGUUGUUCUGAGUAACGUUAGUCGAGCUAGAAGGUAUAAGGCAGAGAAGAUGAUGGAAGAGAGUGGGAUUGAGACUACACCUCCAGCCAGUCCAACACCACCUCUGACUGUGGCUGGCACAGUCAGCGCCCCACCAAAUACCACAGGUCUGUCCAGCCCUCUGUCCCUCCCAGGCACCAGCUCCAUCUCCAUCAGUUCCCCCUCACUCUCCACCACUCUCCCCCCUGUUCCCUGCCUCCCUGCCUUCAGCAGCCCUUUGGCCACACCCUCCUCCCUCUCGUCCCAGUUUCCCCCUCCCUCCACACUCGCAUCUCCCUUCACCAGCGGCUCUCCCUUCCAUCCCUCCGUAUCCCCCUCUUUGCCUCCUCUGGCCUCCCCCAUCAGACCACCUCAGCCCUCAGCUCUUGGCAUGUUGGCCCCUCCAGUUGGCCCACCCAAAUCCAGCCUCUCCAUGAGUGCAGGAUAUGAUAUCACACGGGGUCACGCUGGUCGAACACCACAGACACCAUUGAUGCCAACAUUCUCCAGUCCUACCACCAUGCCAGGUGUAGUGUCCAGUACCAUGGUUCAGCAGCCAGCCAUGACAGGAGGAUUAGAUACUGGAUCACCCAUAACUUUCCCAGAGGAGCAGGAAGAUCCCAGAGUGUCUGGAGACAUCAUCACUGGUGGAGGCAUCUGGGGCUUCAUCAAGGGAGUAGCAGGUAACCCUGUAGUGAAGACGGUCCUGGACAAAACCAAACACUCUGUGGAGUCAAUGAUCACUACUCUGGAUCCUGGCAUGGCUCCAUACAUUAAGUCAGGUGGGGACAUUGACAUUGUGGUGACCUCAGAUAAGGAAAUUAAUGUGGAGGCAGUCAGAGACGCCUUCCAGGAGGUUUUUGGGAUGGCCAUGGUCACUGGAGAGCCCGGUCAGUCCAACAUCGCCCCACAGCCUGUGGGCUACGCAGCCGGUAUCAAGGGGGCUCAGGAGCGCAUUGACAGCCUGCGUCGAGCUGGUGUGAUCCAUGAGAAACAGCCAGUGGUCUCUUUGGAAAACUUCAUUGCUGAGCUCUUUCCUGACAAGUGGUUUGACAUCGGCUGUUUGAUCCUGGAGGACCCAGGUUACAGCAUCCACAUUGAGGUCUUCACUCAGGCAACUCCUCUGGCUCUAGGUCACGUCCAACAGGCUCAGUCCCUGACACCUCCUGACUACAACCUGCGCUGGUCAGGUUUGAUUGUUCCAGUGGGUGAAGUCCUGGAGCGCAGCCUGCCCAACAUCAAAAGAACAGACUGGCAUCAGGCUUUGACAGGCAUGACCCAACGCCAGAUGAUCCAGAGCGCUGCCAAAGCUCUGGCUGGAAUCUAUAAACAGCAGCUGCCACCCAGGACUGUGUAAGGCUGAAUGGUUCCAGUUUUUGCCACAUACUGGGAGCUAGGUAGAGACACAUUGUAGUAAAAACUAGCUGAUGGGACGGCAAGGUUCCUCGUUAUUCCACAUCAGUCCCCCAUCUGUCCUUGUGGGGCAAAGCCAAGUGCACAUUUCUUUAAAGUCAGUGAUGUUUGUGUGCACAGAUGUUUACUGACGUUCCUACAUGUCAGUUGGCUUUUUAGUUAAACGCCAUAAUAUAUCAAAUAAAUUCUUUGUUGCCAAAUCAGGCUUUAAAGAAGACAUAACCAUUAACUGAUCAUCUUUUCAUCUUCCUUAAAAGGUUUUAACACAUCAUGUAUAGUAAUAUCAACAACCUUAACUCAAACCGUGGCAAUAUUUAGUUUUCUUGUUUUGUUUAUAAAUCCUCAAGGUUAUUGUAGAGAAAUGGUUAUCGCAUUGCCUGUGUCCCAGUUGUAUUCUAUAUUCUAGAGGUUGUCACAGAUCCAAGUUUUGGAAAACCUACUUGACCAGCACUUGCACAAAUUAUUUUUUUAAAAGAAGAGACCCAGAGAGGCCCAGAGAGAGAACACCAAUACUUUGACCUUAAACCUGAGAUGUAUAGAAAAAACAUGAUCCUAACUAACUCAAUUAGACUUAAUAUGAUGUGGACCUGCCAUGACUCAGAUUGGGUCCUGGAUAAUACUAAGUCCUACUGUAUACUUUGACACUGUGAAUUCGACUUUGUACUAAAGUUGGCAGUGCACUAGUUUGCCAAUUAGUAUACAAGAAACUAGUGCGCUGUUUUGUUGUAACAGGGAAUUAUUCAUUAUAUACAUUAUUGUGUCAUAUCCUGAUACCCUAAUGUUACUGCCAAUGUAGGACCUUAAAUAGUGGAUAAAAAAAUUUUCUACGGAUUUUAUUUUUUGUCUACAUUGUUGCUUUCUAAGCUGUUGCUAGAGCUAUUUAUCCACCGUCCACCUUUUUUAAAAUUUAUUUCUAGCUUUAAAUAACUCCUGUCUUUCCUUGCUGGAAAAAAAAUAUUGCUCAAGCAUUGAAUUCACUUGCUAGGCGGCCUUGGGGCUAAAAUGUGCAACUAGGCCACUGUUAACAAAACAUUACUCUCCCUUGCUAUGCAUCAAUAUUGUUCCUAUGCUUACUGCUCAUGCUACAUUUAUGUAAUAAUUUACUGUAUGGUACAAAUUAAUUUCAGAAUAUUCAACAUUUAAACUUAAUAAUGAAAGGAUUAAAAGUUAUUAAAAAUAGAUUUUGACACAGGGCCUUGAGAUCUGCUCUUUAUAAUGUCAGUUAAUUAUGUGCUUUAGUGGUGCAUGUUCCCAUAUUAUUUUUUUAAAUUACUAUAAAUCAAUUUCCGCACAGUGAACGUGGGGCCUUAGAAGUGGCCCUGGGGGUCAUGGGCCCUGAGACAGUUUCCUGUAGAACCUUUUGAAAGCACUGAAUCAAUAUGAAGUUAUUGUGCUGAAAAUGGUUCAAUGUUUUGAAUUAUUUGAUGCAGUCAAAGUGGCAACAUCUUUUGGGCAACCUGUGGUACAGCCUUUAUAUGAAAGGGUUGAAUCCAAGAUUUUGAUGAAACAAUGAGUCAGAUUAGACUCACAUUAUUGAGAUUUUGUUCAGUAAUGGUUAAAUAACAUAAUAUGAGCACUUUUAAACAGAUUCUACAGUUCUCUAAAACUGUCCUAAAUUGACCAUCACAGCCUGUAUUCAAAAUGAGCAUGACACCUCUGAUACACUUGUAGCCUAACAAAGCCUCAUAUAUGAUGAUCAUUUGAUUUUGGCUGCACUGAAGCCUUCAUCAGUAGUUCCAUGCUUUGUCCUGUUAGUAAAUCCAGCCUUGCUCUCAACACCUCACUCUAAAGUCCAGCAAAUAUUGUGUGCAUGCUCCUCUUUCUAUGCAUAUUUCACUGAGUCUUUUUUUUCCCUCUGAGAGUGCACGAAAGACAUUUAUUAUCAGUAUAUAGAGUGCUGCUGGGACACAGCUAGAAUAAUCUGAUGGGUCAAAUGAUGUCAUAAUGUUUUAGAUAUGUGUUAAUUUAAAAAAAAAAUUAUAGUAUCACAUACACAUACAUAUUGAUUCUUGCUUGUUUAUUGUGAAAUAUUUGCCCACCAUAUCUGUUGUGUUAUAUGCACUCAUUAAGUAAAAACACAUUUUUACCAACGAGUAAUAGAAGCAGGAUGCUAACAGUAACCUGGGAUUUGAUCAAAGGAAAUGUAUUUAUUUUCUACUGCUUCAGGCAGCUCGACACUGUCAGAAACAGCGAUUACUCGUACACUAACAUAAUCACAAUUCUGUUAGUAAAGUUUGGGGAAAGAACCUUCUCCUCUGUACUUUGUGUCCUCUAAAUGUGCCUUUUUACGCAAAUAAAAUAAAGAACUUUUUCAUGCUGGUUUGUAUUCAUGCACACACCAUCAGCCACAACACAAUGAAAGCUUUUGCAGGACAUUACUCUCUUCAUUCACCAUCUCACUAUUUAAUCUCUUGUAUUCACUGAGCAUACUCCAAACACUGGAGAGUGGAGAUCUACAUUGUGCACAUUUUGGAUGGUUUUCCGAUGCUAGAUAACAGUAGAUAUAUUUUCUUCACUAUGUCUACAAAGGUCAGUGUUUGUAGUGCUCCAAAAUAAACUGCAUUGAGAAAC